AUCCAGCGCAUAAUGCUUCAGUCAUAGCUUUACAGUGCCAGCGCCAGCAUGUCGAUGUCGAUCGCCCGUUUCGGAUUUUAUUUGUGUAUCUUGGGCUUGGUGGCGGCCCACUUUGAGAGGGAGGGCCUCACUUGCAAAGCGAAUGGAGAAUAUUGCCAGAUGCAUUCGGACUGCUGCUCGAGGAAAUGCAUGACAUACCUGAAUGUCUGCGCCAGGAGGAUAGACGAAGGCUUUUCCCUAGAGAUUCCGCACCAGUCAAACAGUAUCUAUGACAUCGAUGUGAAGCAGUCUUCCAAAGAAUUUCCUGACAUCGUGGACAUCGUAACGCUCGCCACGGAGUCAAAGCAGACACCACAGACGGAGCAGGGCAGGCAGUGCCAGCCGGUCGGUGGACAGUGCUCUGUCGGCGAGGAGUGCUGUACGAAACGUUGCCACUUCUACGCUCACAAGUGUGUCACCUAAAGAGAUGUCAGACAAAACGAGUAAUAAUAAUAGCUCGGAUUAUUACUCAUUCGAUACAUACAUGUACAAUAUGUAAUUGCUUAUCACCAAAGCUAAUUAAAUUAAAUAAAGUAUCGCUUAUCC